GAUUUUUUGUUUAAGUUCUUGGUUAUUGGAAAUGCAGGAACUGGCAAGUCUUGCUUACUUCAUCAGUUUAUUGAAAAAAAAUUCAAAGAUGACUCAAAUCAUACAAUAGGAGUGGAAUUUGGUUCAAAGAUAAUAAAUGUUGGCGGUAAAUAUGUAAAGUUACAGAUAUGGGAUACAGCAGGACAAGAGCGAUUCAGGUCUGUGACAAGAAGUUAUUAUAGAGGUGCAGCCGGGGCCCUCCUUGUCUAUGACAUUACCAGAUGCCAGAAUGCUAGCAAGUCAAAACAUUGUGAUCAUCCUCUGUGGAAACAAGAAGGAUCUGGAUGCAGAUCGUGAAGUUACUUUCUUAGAGGCCUCCAGAUUCGCUCAAGAAAAUGAGCUGAUGUUUCUGGAAACAAGUGCACUAACGGGGGAGAAUGUAGAAGAGGCCUUUGUGCAGUGUGCAAGAAAAAUACUUAACAAAAUUGAGUCAGGUGAACUGGAUCCAGAAAGAAUGGGGUCAGGUAUCCAGUAUGGAGAUGCAGCCUUGAGACAGCUCAGGUCCCCACGUCGAGCACAGGCCCAGAGCGCUCAAGAAUGUGGUUGUUAA